GGGUCUGACGGCUUGUUGCGUUCGCUUCUGGAAGUGGCUGCUGCUUCAGCAUGCUUGCGGAGCUCGGUUUAAUCGGAACCAUAGGCGAAGAUGAAGAGGUGCCGGUGGAGCCCGAGUCUGACUCCGGAGACGAGGAGGAGGAGGGGCCCAUUGUGCUGGGCCGGAAACAGAAAGCCUUGCAGAAGAACCGCAGUGCUGAUUUCAACCCUGACUUUGUUUUCACUGAGAAGGAGGGGAUGUACGAUGGCAGCUGGGCCCUGGCUGAUGUCAUGAACCAGCUCAAGAAGAAGAGGGCAGUCACUACGUUAGAUGAGAAGAUUGAGAAAGUGCGAAAGAAAAGAAAAGCGGAGGAUAAAGAAGCCAAGGCCGGGAAGUUGGAGGAGAAAGAAGCCAAGGUGGCCUGCGACCUGGAGGAACAGGAGGAUGUGGAAGGGAAGGAGGAGGCAGGCUCUGCAGAUGAAGACUCUGAUUCCGACUACUCCUCAGCUGAUGAGAAAGUUCUCACGCAAGCAGAUACACUCAAAGUGAAGGAGCGCAAGAGGAAGAAGAAGGGGCAGGAAGCAGGAGGAUUCUUUGAAGACGCAUCUCAGUAUGAUGAAAACCUCUCCUUCCAGGACAUGAAUCUUUCCCGGCCUCUUCUGAAGGCCAUUACAGCCAUGGGCUUCAGGCAGCCCACCCCGAUCCAGAAAGCCUGCAUUCCUGUGGGUCUGCUGGGGAAGGACAUUUGCGCCUGUGCAGCCACUGGGACAGGUAAAACUGCAGCCUUCUCUCUCCCCGUGUUGGAGCGACUCAUCUACAAGCCCCGUCAGGCCCCAGUAACCCGGGUGCUGGUGCUGGUUCCCACCCGGGAGCUGGGCAUCCAGGUGCACUCAGUCACCAGGCAGCUGGCCCAGUUCUGCAGCAUCACCACCUGCCUGGCUGUGGGUGGCCUGGAUGUGAAGUCUCAGGAAGCAGCUCUACGGGCAGCACCGGACAUCCUCAUCGCCACCCCUGGCCGGCUCAUCGAUCACCUGCACAACUGCCCUUCCUUCCACCUGAGCAGUAUUGAGGUACUCAUCCUGGACGAGGCCGACAGGAUGCUGGAUGAGUACUUUGAGGAGCAGAUGAAGGAAAUCAUUCGGAUGUGCUCCCACCACCGCCAGACCAUGCUCUUCUCAGCCACCAUGACAGAUGAGGUGAAAGAUCUGGCUUCUGUCUCCUUGAAGAACCCUGUCCGGAUAUUUGUGAACAGCAACACAGACGUGGCUCCCUUCCUGCGGCAGGAGUUCAUACGGAUCCGGCCUAACAGGGAAGGGGACCGGGAAGCCAUUGUGGCAGCUCUGCUGACAAGAACCUUCACUGACCACGUGAUGCUGUUCACCCAGACCAAGAAGCAGGCCCACCGCAUGCACAUCCUUCUGGGGCUCCUGGGCCUGCAGGUGGGCGAGCUCCACGGCAACCUGUCACAGACACAGCGGCUGGAGGCUCUGCGGCGCUUUAAGGAUGAACAGAUUGACAUCCUUGUGGCUACAGAUGUGGCAGCCCGUGGACUUGACAUUGAGGGCGUCAAAACGGUGAUCAACUUCACCAUGCCCAACACCGUGAAGCACUAUGUGCACCGGGUGGGGCGCACAGCACGUGCCGGCAGGGCUGGACGCUCAGUCUCCCUUGUGGGAGAAGAGGAGCGGAAGAUGCUGAAGGAGAUCGUGAAGACCGCCAGGGCCCCCGUGAAAGCCCGGAUCCUCCCCCAGGAUGUUAUCCUCAAAUUCCGGGACAAGAUUGAGAAAAUGGAGAAAGACGUGUAUGCAGUGCUGCAGCUGGAGGCAGAGGAAAAAGAGAUGCAGCAAUCGGAAGCCCAGAUCAACACAGCAAAGCGGCUCUUAGAGAAGGGGAAGGAAAAGGCAGAACAAGAACCUGAGAGGAGCUGGUUCCAGACCAAAGAAGAGAGGAAGAAGGAAAAAAUUUCCAAGGCUCUGCAGGAGUUUGACUUGGCCUUAAGAGGAAAGAAGAAAAGGAAGAAAUUCAUGAAGGAUGCCAAGAAAAAGGGGGAGAUGACGGCAGAAGAAAGGUCCCAGUUUGAAAUCCUCAAGGCACAGAUGUUUGCGGAGAGGCUGGCCAAGAGGAACCGCAGAGCAAAGCGGGCCCGGGCCAUGCCUGAGGAAGAGCCAGAGAGAGGCCCUGGCAAGAAGCAGAAGCAGAGGAAGAUAUCUGUAUUUGAUGAAGAACUCACCAACACGAGCAAGAAGGCCCUGAAACAGUAUCGAGCCGGUCCUUCCUUUGAAGAAAGGAAGAAGUUGGGUCUGCCCCACCAGAGAAGAGGAGGGAACUUUAAAUCUAAGUCCAGGUACAAGAGGAAGAAGUAGCCAUGAAAGCCUGAAGUCCACGGAGCGGCCUUAAAUCCCUUCCUUGUGGGAAGUUGUCUCAAUUUCAUUCACCUUUUCUCCACUUGUAAAGAAAUUCUUGAAAAGUCUGUCACUUGUGUAUUUAAAAAAAAAAAAAAGUUGGGGGUGGUGUCUGUAGCUAUAUCCUAAUAGUUAGCCACGGCUCCUUUCUUGCUCAUUAGCUUUCAUGUAAUAAACACGCCAGACAAGGUCUGAUUGGGAGAGGGGAAGAAACCAGUGGUAUAGUUUGCCGCACUCCGUCCACUAGCUGGACAUCAUCACAAACACUUGGGAUGCAUGGUUUCUCUGUGCUGGUAGAGGGGCUCAGUAUGGAGGGAGGACUUCUUCCUCAUUCUCUUCAGCAGCUGUCACUACUGAGCACUGACCACAGCCGGGCAUCGGCAAUGCUGAGCAGCAUCUGAUUCAGUUCUGCAUGCCCACAAGGCAGAUGUGCGGUACUGGCGU